GAGCGCCCCCUGGCGGCGGGGCGGCCCCGCGAUGGCGGCGGUGCCGCAGAACAAUCUGUGGGAGCAGCUGCAGCGGCACUCGGCCCGCGGGGCCCUCCGCACCCCGGCACCGCCGCGGGAUCGCCCGCCGGGCUUCACCUUCAAGAAGGCGCCGCGGGGCUUCGCCGCCGCCUCGGUGCUGAGGGACAAGGAUGUGAACACCUCCCUGGCCGCGCUCUCCUCGGCCGUGCCGGACARGAAAGCGCCAUCGUGGGGCUGUGUUCCCCCCCGCAGCCCCGACCCCCAGCCAGCCUGUACCCCACCGGCUCCCGCCGCGGCCCCCGAGGUGUCCAAGGCCCCCGCGGCUCCCGGGGCSAGGGCGGGCAGUGCUGUUCCCGCCGGGAAGGCCGGUCCCGGUUCUGCCGCUGGCUCUGUUAUCACCAUCGGCGAUGAGUGGGAUGACAUCGAUGACUUCGACCUGUCGGGAAUCGAGAAGAAAUUCUCUCGGCCGCCCGUGGUGUCUCCCAAGGGGAUGCGAGCCCCUCUCAAGGAUCCCCCUCGGCCGAGCCCCCGGCCAGCCCCGGCCCCGGCCCCGGCCCCGGCCCCGGCCCUGCCCGACUCUCCCAGGGGCGCGGGGGAGGGUGCGGGGCCCGGCAGCCCCAGCGGGGAGGCAGCGCCGGAGGCCGAGCAGCAAUCCUGCUCACAGCAGUCCGUGAUCUGCCUCGAGGACUCGGAUCCCUGUGGCGGGAGCGCGGCUGCGAGGGACAGCCUUCGAGAGGAGUCACCUGCUGACCCCCUUCUGGAUGCCGACAGCGCAGGGGAUCGCCCAGGUGCUGGAGGUGGUCAGGGCCAGGAGCCCCCGAGGGCUGAGAACAGCCCCUCAGAACUGGAUGAGGUCACCGAGUCCUUGGCAGCUGCUGAGUUYGAGGAGGAUGACCUGGACAUCAUCCCUCCCUCCCCUGAGGAGGAGCUGCCUCCCUUUUCCCCUUCUGUACAAAGUGUCAGUAUUUUCAGAGACUCUCCCACUGGUGGAAGCUCCAUGGCUGGCAGCUCUGAGGCCAGGCAGGAGAAGGUUCCCACAACACAUCCUGGAGGUGAUCCCAGUGCAGGGGAUUCAGGUGAAGCUGUGCCUGUGGCCCGGCAGCUGUACGGAGUCAUGGAGGCCAUCUGUGAGCUGGUGGAUGCCAUCCCCCUGCAGGAGCUGCAAGCCCUGGGCUGUGCCAGAGCCCUGCUCCAGCACAGGGACCUCAGGAGAAAGCUGCUGGCUAAUUCUGUCAGUGUGAACCAAAAUGGCAUAAACACCACUUUUGCUAGAAGCUGGAAGCCUUCCAUGGAGCAGGGCCCUCGUGCCUGUUGUAGUGCUGGUCCAAGUCCUGGUUCAAGCUGGAGCUUCAGUUCUGACAGAAAUUCCCCCAAAUCMACAAACCUCCCAUCAGUGCUUUCURUCUAUUCCAACAACUUUUCUAUCAAAACAAAUCAAACCUUGGACACCUCUUGUGCUUCAAAGCAGAGUGCUGAGGAGAUCCCCUCCCCAGGAACUGCAAAACUGUCUUUUCCCAAGGGAAGUGGCAGGGAGSGAGGUUCCCACAGGCUCAGCCUCCAGUCCUGUGACAGCAGCUGGGAUAAAACUCCGGGAACGAGGAAUGGGAACCAGCCCCUGACCAGCACAGCCCUGAGGGCUCAGAGCACAGCUCUCACUGCCAGUCCUGCAGGGAGCAGCUUCAGUACAAAUGAUCCCAGCUUCGACCUGGAURACUUUGACAUCGACGAUUUGGAUGAGGACUGGGAGAGCUCAGUGGCUGUUUCAGCAUCUGAGGCACCAUCGACACCUCUGUGUCAGCCCAUCAGGGAAGGGCCACCUACCAAAUCCCUCUUGUCCAAGAUUAUGUCCAGGGCCAAAGGGUCGGMUGUGGGAUCCAAUCCUGCUGCUCUGAAGCCAGGCUCCCUGAUGGCAACAAAGAAUCAUCCAGAUCCAGUGGUUCAUAACCCUGCACUGGAGCGUUUCAGGGGUAUGAAAUUUCUCCAUUCURAAGAAAUGAUGAAUAUAUUUCACAGAAAGUUUGGAUUGCACUGUUUCCGGACAAACCAGCUGGAGGCCAUCAAUGCUGCUCUGCUGGGGGAAGAUUGUUUCAUCCUCAUGCCCACAGGAGGWGGGAAAAGCUUGUGCUACCAGUUACCAGCCUGUGUCUCUGCUGGGGUCACUAUUGUUAUCUCUCCACUGAGGUCACUGAUCAUUGAUCAGGUUCAGAAGCUGAAGACUUUAGAUAUUGCUGCAACUUACCUGACUGGUGACAGAACAGAUGCUGAUGCCUCAAAAAUAUACAUGCAGUUGUCAAAGAAAGAUCCUGUSAUAAAGCUACUGUAUGUCACCCCCGAGAAGGUGUGUGCCAGCAACCGACUGAUGUCCGCCCUGGAGAACCUCUACGACAGGAAACUCUUGGCCCGUUUUGUCAUUGAUGAGGCCCACUGUGUCAGCCAGUGGGGCCAUGACUUCCGACAAGACUACAAGCGCCUGAACAUGCUCCGCAGGAAGUUCCACUCUGUGCCCAUGAUGGCCCUCACUGCCACUGCCAAUCCCCGUGUGCAGAAGGAUAUCCUAAAUCAGCUCGAGAUGCUGAAACCGCAAGUGUUUACAAUGAGCUUCAACAGGCAUAACUUGAAAUAUGAUGUGUUGCCCAAGAAGCCAAAGAAGGUGGCGAUGGAUUGCUUGGAAUGGAUUAAAAAGUAUCAUCCCCAUGACUCUGGAAUAAUCUAUUGCCUUUCCCGGCACGAAUGUGACACCACAGCAGCCAUCCUGCAGAAGGAGGGGCUGGCUGCCCUGGCCUACCAUGCUGGCCUCACYGAUUCCAACAGGGAUCUUGUGCAGCAGAAGUGGGUUAAUCAGGAAGGAUGCCAGGUGAUAUGUGCAACAAUUGCCUUUGGAAUGGGCAUUGACAAACCUGACGUGCGCUACGUUAUCCACGCAUCCCUUCCCAAAUCCAUAGAAGGCUACUACCAGGAGUCUGGCAGAGCUGGRCGGGAUGGAGAGAUAUCUCACUGCCUGCUCUUCUACAGCUACAGCGAUGUGACCAGGCUGAGAAGGCUUAUCCUGAUGGAGAAGGAUGGGAACAGCCACACUAGGCAGACCCACUUCAACAACCUGUACAGCAUGGUGCACUACUGUGAGAAUGUGGUCGAGUGCCGCCGCGUCCAGCUGCUCGCCUACUUUGGGGAAAUCAAUUUCAACCCCACCUUCUGCAAAGAUCACCCAGAAGUCAUUUGUGAUAACUGCAGUAGAAAGAAGGAUUAUAAAUCAAGGAAUGUGACCGAGGAUGUGAAGAGCAUUGUGCGGUUUGUACAAGAGCACUGCAGGCAAGCAGGRCGGAUGAAUGGGAAGAGGAAUCCAGGCUCUGGCAGGUACACCCUGAACAUGAUGGUGGACAUUUUCUUAGGUUCAACGAGUGCCAAGAUUCAGUCUGGAAUAUUUGGGAAGGGGGCUGCCUAUUCCAGGCACAAUGCUGAAAGGCUGUUUAGAAAACUGGUGCUGGACAGGAUCCUGGAUGAGGAUUUGUACAUCACAGCUAAUGACCAAGCGGUGGCGUAUGUCAUUCUUGGAGAGAGAGCUCAGGCUGUGCUGAAUGGGUCACUACAGGUGGAGUUCCACGAGACAGAGAGUGCCACAGCCAUCAGAAGGCAAAAGGCUUCCAUGGCAAAGAUGUCYCAGCGGGAAGAGAUGGUUAAACAGUGCCUCAGUGAACUUACAGAUACUUGCAAAACGCUGGGCAAAGUCUUUGAUGUGCAUUACUUCAAUAUUUUCAGUACUUCCACCCUAAAGAAAAUUGCAGAAACCUUGUCCUCAGACAUGGAAGUUUUGCUGCAGAUCGAUGGUGUCACAGAAGACAAACUGGAGAAAUAUGGUGCAGAAAUAAUUAAAGUGAUGGAUAAAUACUCCGAACACUCCAUCCCAGAAGAUGCUGCCUGCCCAGGUGCGGACACAGCCACGGGGAGCCCUGSCUCGCUGGGGAGCGAUGGAGAAGCAGAGGACGAAGGUACAACCUCCAGCUAUUUUGGCAAUAACACAAACCAAAGGAGGAAAAGGAAACGGCUGCCAAACUCCAGGGACUCCAAGAGGAAAAGGACAAGUGMUGGUGGCAGCCAACAGUUUCACUCCAGAGGUGGCUACGGCAGGUACAGAAGGACCAAGAAGCUGCCAAGCUCGAAGGCUCCGGCUUCCUCUGGCGCCAGCUUUGUGUCCAGCAGCGUUGGUGCCACGCAGGGAGCUGCUGGGAAGCUGGGCAUGAUGGCACUGCCCAAACCCAAAUCCAGAAGUUUCCUUCAGCCUUCGUAUUCCAUAUUCUAACUGGGAAAUGCAAUUACUGGAUGAAGCCAAGUCCCCCAGAUGGAAUCACUGUUUAUUAAAUUUUUGUUUUAUUUGCUGCUGCUGAACCUUCUGGGACUUGUGUAUUUGUCGGGUACAAAAGCUCACAUUAAAUAAAUAUUUUUUACUUGUCA